AUGACACAUUUAGGAGGUGCUAGUUCAAGCGCGACAGAGGGUCCAAACAUCCCACCACUCAACCCAGAAGGUGAGAGAGUAGGGAUAGUAUCAGAUCCGAUCACACAGGCGAGAAGAUCAGACGCUGCGCGCAAAAAGGAUAAACAACAAGAAGUCGAGGAAGCGCCACUCAUCCAGCCUUCUCUCAAAGAGAUGCAAAAGUAUUUAGAAGACCACGUACGCAUAGAACAAGAGUUAAGAAAGCUCAUGAAAGUGGCCAGCGCCGAGAAGAAUGCUAAAGAAGUAACGGAGAGUGCAGAGGAAAAGGAAGAAGAACCUGUAUCCAUGAUGCAAGAGGUGAUGGCCAAGUACCUAGAAAUUAACUACAGGGUCAUAAAGCAAGAUAACUACGAUUUCAUGGCUAGACCUUCCUCUUCCGAAAUCACAGAAUAUCAAUACCUAGAAGACUACACUUCGCCGAAAUUCAAGGUCUACAAUGGCCAAGGAAAUGCGAGGGAGCACCUUAUUCGAUUCCUUUCCACUAUGAAUAAUCAUGCAACUAAUGGGAAACUAUGUAUGAGGGAGUACCCAAAGUCCCUAACUGAUACAACAUUUACUUGGUACGACAACCUAAAGUCAGGAAGCAUUAACUUAUGGUCGACCAUGUCCACGCUCUUCCUCAGAAAAUUUUAUUCAGCAAAAAGGAAACUCACAACUAUAGACCUGAGCAAGUGUAACCAAUACCCAGGUGAAGACAUAGGAAAAUACAUCGUCAGGUUUCGUCUCUCACUCUGGAUUGCCAUGAGGAUGUCAAGGAGGAAACACUAA